GAUUUGUAUUCCUCACGAGAAUUUGCAGUAUUUGACGUCCCACUCAUCCAACACUCUAAACAGUGACUGUUUCUCCGUGGGUCUUACCUAGGCAGCGUAAUAAAGGUCCAUAAACAGCAGCAGGUGAGUUUAUAUUUGUAAUUUUUGCAUCCACUCAUGGCCUAAUGACUCUUCCCUUGCCCCAAUCAGUGAAUUCGUAAUUUGAUGGCCCAGGCUUAUUCAAUUGUGCAGAACGUUGAUAAAUGUACCUUUUACAGCAAGGAACAGUAAGGAAAAUGUAUUCUCUGGGCACAAUGUAUUUUCUAUCUGAAAGUGUUGUGACGUUGUAUCAGAAUAGGCCUACCGUCCUGAAUCUGUUAUCGUUUCAAGAUCAGAGCAGAGGACAUCAAAUCCUGUUUCCCUACAGCAGCAUCAGUGUGACAAUACAAGUAUGAGUCAGGUAACUACAAUGCAAUCAUACAGUUAGCAGCUGUGUAAGCCUGUGAACAAUAAUAAAUAGCCUAUCAUACUCUUCCUCCUAGGCAAGGACAAUGAGUUUGGAAGAGCAAAUCAGGAGCUUCUCACCAGAUGCAGCAUCUGCCCUUGCAAGUAAGUUAUCAUAUCUCACUGAGCUUUAUGCAUUGUAUCGUCAGUCGUCGUCAACUGUGUUCCUAAUUACAUCAUAUUUGUUUUCAGGAGCUGGAAUUAAAGAGGACAUUGAUAUUCAAGAGUUAACAAGAGAUGAUCUGAACGAACUUCUGCCAGGCCUCGAGCAUUUCAAACUUAGAAAGAGGAUCAGUGAACUUCUAACCAAAUCUAAACAGGUUGGUAUAGCCCCAAAAGCUUCGAUGGCUACUAUACCACUUUGUGGGAUCAUUCAGGAUAGUUAAUAGAAUGAAGGUUUUUGAUUCAAUGUGCAAUUCCAUUGUAUGUACUAAUCCCCCCAUGUUUUCUCAACCUUUUUUGUUUCUUAGGACACAGCUAAACCUAUCGAUUUAAUUCUUAACGAGGUUAGGGACUUCAUUUCAGCUGGUGUCAUGAAGAGUAAGUCCCUUUUCAAGGACUUUCAGCAUAGCUGUCACCCAAUACAUUUGUGGUGUCUCUUUGGUUGUAAUUGUAAUGUUAUGCACUGGUCACUUUCUGCUUACAGAUGCACUUGUUCCUGGGGGAGUGUUACAUGGCUACGUCCCUAUUCUUGGAGAUUUGGAGAAGCAGCUUGACAAAGCCCUGCACUUUAUUCAGGCACAUGUUGAACUACUUGAGAGCUACAAUAAAGAAGAGCCCAUGGAGGCUGAGGGCAAUGCUGUGUCCCCAUCAGUUGACUCUGCUACAGCAGGAAACCAGCUCAUCCUUCAUGAAUCACAAGACAUAGAUAAUGGUAUAAAAAUUGUAAACACGUAGAUUUCAUGAAUAGUAUAAUUUUGUUGAGAAGUUAAACAUUCAAGACAUUCACUAUUGGGACGUUAAUGGCGCUCGAACACAGUCUUGUCUUAGUUUGGAAUUACUCAGUUAACAGCCCCAAUCUUCAAUAUUUUUCAGUACAUAAAAAAUCUGUUAAAGGCGCUUCAGAACGACCAGGUAACUCAAAAUCUUAAACACAGCACGUUAUCAAAACGUAAGAAUUCUAUAGAUGUUUUUAAACCCUUUUACAGCUGGCAAAGCCAACCACAAUGACUUGCACAGACUCACAAGAAUGUGCUGCAAAAACAUUGGAUUUUCAUUCAUAAUACUUUGUUGUCCUCAGCCUUAGGUGCUGUAGAGACCCACCCCAAACGACCAAGAACAGAUGUGGAUGACAAAGGUCAUUAUCAAAGCCUAAAAACUGUUCAAUGUCAUUCAAUCCUUUAAAGUAUCAUUAAUUUCUAAGUAAAAAAAUAGAUGUAGCAAUCACUGAUUGCCUCUUUAAGGAAUUGGAAACAAUAAUGUGUUAAGAAAGUUUGAUUUGAAUUGCUAAUUUCAGAUAGUUCCUCAUCCGUAGAUGAUAGCAUCCAGGCCCAAAAAGAUAAGGAAGGAAAAGAACCUGGAAGUUCGUGGACGUUCUCCCACUUCUUCAAUGGAUCUCCAUUCAGAGGAAAUGAAACAAAACAUUUGCCAGGUGAGAUUCUUGGGAUAUGCUUUGUACUAAUCGAAAAUCAUUUGUUCAUGCAUUUCCUGUCAGUCCACCGUUCGUAUCAAUCUAAUUGGCAUAAAUCUCUCCUCCCCUCCCCGCUGUGAUAGCUGACGUGUGAUUAGCUUUCUAGCCUGAAAUGACUGCAAUGGAAAUCCACCACUUUUCUUUUGUAUGCAACAUCUUGGGGAUAUACUGUAUGUAGUGUUGUAAUUUAAUUAUGUUUUGUUUCAAGUAGUUAAAGUCCAUUCGCAAGUGUGUGGGAAAACCCUGAACACUCACCUUGCACUCAUGAAACAAGUGGAUAAUCUGGGACUUAAGCGAGAGGAGACCAGUGCAGAGGACUGCCAAGUCAUGAUGGUCUUCUGUCCUGUUACAUCUCGUAUGGGAACUGACAUUGAGGCUGCCAUGAGCCAAGUUCCAGGUAGGAAAGCCUUUUGAGAUUACACCAUGAUAGUUAAAGUAUUCCAGACCGAAUACAAUUGUCAAUACUACUUCUAUCAUGGGAUUUCAUUUUACUCAACAGGAUGUAUUGGUCCAUGUUGUAGAAUUACCUUUUGUCUCUAAUGAUUUUUUUGUGGAAGUACUUUUCUAAAGAUUGCAUCGUUUUAUCUCUCAACAGGUAACAGAGAUGCCAUUCUAGUGGUGAUGCACCAUACUUAUGAUCAAAACUUUGUCACAAGCCGGAGAUCUGCAUCUUACUACAAAAACAUAGUGGAGGAAGUGAAUGUUCUCUUCCUUGACUCUGUGGGACUUCUGCGUUGUAAAACAAAUGAUGAAGCAGUGACUCUCAUACAUAAGGCCUUACAGAAAUACAACAGCCGUACUUACAGACAU